AUGUCUACCGCUGCUCGCCGCCGUCUCAUGCGAGACUUUAAGCGCAUGCAGACCGACCCACCCGCUGGUGUCUCAGCAUCACCAGUCCCCGACAACGUCAUGACUUGGAACGCUGUGAUUAUCGGUCCCGCCGAUACCCCUUUUGAAGACGGGACAUUCCGACUGGUGAUGCACUUCGAGGAGCAAUACCCGAACAAGCCGCCGUCGGUAAAGUUCAUCAGCCAGAUGUUCCACCCCAACGUCUACGCCACCGGCGAGCUGUGCCUCGAUAUCCUCCAGAACCGCUGGAGUCCUACAUAUGACGUUGCCGCCGUCCUGACAAGCAUCCAGAGUUUGCUUAACGACCCCAACACGGGAUCGCCUGCCAACGUGGAGGCGUCAAACUUGUACAAGGACAACCGCAAAGAGUACUCAAAGAGAGUGAGAGAAACGGUCGAGAAGAGCUGGGAAGAUUAA